ACCAUCUCUCCCCCCCUCUCUCUCUCCUCCCCUGUUUUCUCUCUCUCUCUCUCUUUCUGUUUUCUCAAUUGCUUUACAAAGGCAAAAGCGAUCCCCAAUGUUUCAUGCCAUGGCACCAUCAACAUCACCAUCACCACCCACCGCAAUCACCACAACCAUUUCUUCUCCUUGAAGCCUUGUUUCUCAUUGGCACUUCUAAGAGCACCCAUGUCCCAUUGUACUCGUUGCUAGAGAGAGAAAGAGAGAGAAAAAAAGAGAAACAAAAAAGAAAAACAGAGGAUAAAAAGGCAGAAAAUAAUGGAUGUAGGAAAGAGAAGAGUUGGGUUGAGGAGUAGUGUUGUGGUAGCCGGGUCUGUUUGGGAGAGCAGAAUGAAGCAUGAUGAAGUCCGAGGCGGAAUUAAGGUCUUCAAUGGCGAAGAAAGCCCAGAAAAACAGGAUCAAGAGAAUGUGGCCAAGCCGAAGAGACCGCCAGCGGCCAAGAGAAAGACAUGGAAAUCUGAGACCCUUGAGGGGUUUGAGAAGAACCCAAUUCAGAUUGCGAGAGGAAAAUCCGAGGAGAAGAAGAAUUCCGAUGAGCAAGUUAAGGAAAUGAGUAUUUCUGUUGAGGGAAAUAAGAAAAGCCCAGUUCAGCCAAGGAGGCGUAGAUCUGAAGGAAACAAGGAAAUUGGGAUUAGGAGGUCGCCGAGGACUGAAUUGGCGAAGCCAAAAUCUGAUGUUGUUAAGGUUUCUGUUGAGGAAAAUAAGGAUGUUGUUGAGGAAAUUGAGAAGAGCCCAGUUGAGAAGAAAAGUGAGGAAAUUGGAUCUGAAUCUGAUGAGGCUUGUAAGGAGUUUGGUGUGUGUGAAGAGAAGGUGAUUUCUAGCAGUGUGGAGGACUCGAAAUCCGAGCCGAAAGACGAUGAUGAGAGAGAAAGUGAGGAGGAAAUUGGUGAGGAAAUUGAGGUUGAAGUUGAGAAGAAGAGCAUUGAAGUUAAGGAAAUUGAGAAGCCAAUUGAGGAGAAGCCCAACAAGUUUGUGAGUGAUUGUGAAGUGAAAAAAGUCAAUUUUGAGAGGAGACAAGUGAAAAAGUUUCACCAAUUCCAAAAUCAGCAAAAGAAGGCUGAGCCCAUUUCUUUGAAUGUCGAGAAACAGCCUCCUGUGCUUAGACGUGCCACACUUCAUUCAAGUUUUGUUAAAGGAUCUCCUACUAAAUCUCCUCCAACUUCAAAUGAAUACCAUAGUUUCCCAGAAACACAUAGCAGAUUGCAGAGUUUUGUGGAUUUGAUAAUGUGGAAAGAUAUAUCAAGAUCAGUUUUUAUCUUUGGAAUUGGGACAUUCACCAUACUCUCAUCUUCCUACACUAAAGAUCUCAACAUCAGCUUUAUUUCUGUCAUGUCCUAUCUGGGUCUUGUUUAUCUUGCUGCCAUUUUCCUCUUUACAUCCAUUGUGUACAGGGGAGUUAUAGAUAUAGACUACACAAGUUAUGUGCUUGGAGAAGAAGAAGCAAUUUGGUUAUUAAAGCUGGUGCUUCCUUACUUGAAUGAGUUUCUGCUAAAGCUUAAAGCUUUGUUUUCUGGUGACCCUGCCACUACAAUGAAGUUGGCAGUACUGCUUUUCGUUUUGGCCAGGUGUGGCAGCUCCAUAACCAUCUGGACAAUGGCAAAAUUGGGUUUUUUUGGCGUUUUCACCGUACCAAAAGUCUGCUCGCUGUAUUCUAGACAGAUCACUGCAUACGGUAAAUUUUGGGUUCGACGCUUUCGAGACGCUUGGGACUCUUGCUCGCACAAGAAAGCCGUGACAGUAGCCGUCUUCCUACUUGUUUGGAACCUAUCCUCGAUCGUUGCUCGCAUUUGGGCAGUGUUCAUGCUGUAUGUGGCCUUCCGAUACUAUCAACAAACAUUAGUGAGAGAUGACUGGGUGGAAGAUGAUGCAGAAGGCGAGGAAACGUGGCACGAGCCCAUUGGAGGACAAAGGCAAGGGCAUGGUUCAAUUGUAGUAGACAAUAAUACCAAACAAAAGAAAAGAUCGUAAGGAUUUAAACAUGUUGUGUCAUUUUUCAGCAAUAAAGAUAAAAAAAAAGAAGAUAAAAUUGGUCUUCUAACGUUUACAAAGUUGUAAUGUGGUUCUCAUUCUUUUAUUCCCCUUAGAAAUA